AUGGCACUGGGCUUCAAGUUUGUGGCUGCUGCACCUACGCCGACAUGGGGAUCAUUUGGAGAAUGGUGGAAGCACAGGAAUGAUUGGGGUAACGAGGUGCCAUUGAGGCCUGCUGGUCUCAAUGUGCAGGUUGGUCCUAGGCCGUACUACCUCGUCGACAACAUGGAUGAAGGUCCCUUGAAAGAACGAUUGGAAUCGUGCAAAGAAGGACCUUUCUCCACCUCGAGCUUUUCCGUCUCGCACAGAGGUGCCGCCCUGAUGUUUCCAGAGCAUAGCAAGGAAGGGUAUGAGGCUGCCAUAAGAAUGGGUGCUGGAAUCAUCGAAUGUGAUGUUUCUUUUACCUCUGACCGCGAACUUGUUUGCCGCCACAGCAAUUGUGAUCUUCACUAUACCACCGACAUCCUCGCACAUCCAGAGCUAGCUGCCAAGUGCUCCGAGCCAUUCGUACCAUACAACAACGUCACGGGUGAAGAAGCAUCUGCUAAAUGCUGCACCAGCGAUAUCACACUCGCAGAGUUCAAAAGCUUGUGCGCCGAGAUGGAGGCCACGACAAUGUCUGCAGUGAACGUGACCGACGGGACGAACAGAGGCAGAACCGGCACCACUCCAGACUGGCGAACGAACAUGUACUCAUACCAGUGUGCCGAAACCAUGUCAUUGAAAGAGCAGAUCGCCCUCGUCGACGGAUACGGACUGAACUUUACCGCUGAAGCCAAAGUCCCUGAGAUCGAGCUUCCAUUCCAGGGGAACUACACUCAAAGAGACUUCGCACAGCAAGUUGUGGACACCUUCAAGGACGCGAACAUCGAUCCCUCUCGCGUAUGGCUGCAGUCAUUCACGCCAGAGGACAUCUUCCAAUGGAUUGAGAACGACCCCGAAUUUGGCGAACAGGCCGUAUAUCUUGAUGAGCGCGCGGACUUGACCACUGAAGGCUACGAGAACGCAGUCGCGUCUCUUCCGGAUCUCGCAGCUCGUGGUGUCAAGAUCAUCGCCCCUUCAAUCUGGCAGCUCAUCACUGCCAACAACGAGACGCAAAAGAUUGUACCAUCUUCGUACGCUAUUGCGGCUCGGGAAGCUGGGUUAGAUAUCAUCACAUGGAGCUUCGAAAGAUCAGGCCCGCUGGAGGAAGGCGGUGGAUACUACUUCAGCGGUGUCAACCAUUUGAUCAACAACGACGGCGAUGAGUUUACCGUGAUGGACGUUAUCGCUCGGCAAGUCAAGGCUAUCAAGAUCUUCAGCGAUUGGCCUGGUACAGCUACUUACUACGCCAACUGCUUUGGCCUCGCAUAG